CGGUUCAUUUCUAAAAUCACUGAACCGAACUUAAAGUUUAAUGUACUUAAUGUUCCCAAAACCAAUUCCUUGAACAAACCCAGAAAGCUCAUCAAUUGUUGGUCAGGCAAAUCACUAGAGAACAGAUUCUGUUCCAUUUACAAGUCUAAAAGUGUUGAAUUUUUGAAGAUUAGAGAAAUUGACUUCAAAAAAUAAACUUUUUGGAAAGAUGAGAAGAAACAAUGGAGGAAAUUACACAAACCCAUGUCUAACAAUGCACCAACCUUGGGCUUCUCUCCUCGUUUUUGGCAUUAAACGAGUUGAGGGUCGAUCCUGGCCUUCCCCUAUAAGAGGUCGACUUUGGAUACAUGCUGCUAGUAAGGUCCCUGAACCUGAAACUAUCAAAGCAAUGGAGGACUUCUACAAAGAAAUCUAUGCAGUGAAUGGAAUAAAGGACCUCAAGUUUCCAGAUAAUUAUCCAACUUCACGGCUGAUAGGUUGUGUGGAGGUGGUUGGAUGUAUUACAUGUGAAGAGCUGCAAAGCUGGGAGGAAUUGCCAGAAGGGGUCAGAUUGGAGGGACAAACAGAUUACUGCUGGUUAUGCGAGCAGCCGCAAAAACUGAUAAUCCCAUUCGAAAUGCGAGGGCAACAUGGUGUUUACAAUUUGGAGAGGAAGAUAUACGAGGCAGCAGUAAGAGGUUUGCGUCCAGUUGAAGCUCCAUACCCUGUCAAGUUUCCGCUUAUAGAUCCUCAAGAUCCUUUUUCACUGAAACCUGGAUCACUCACAUGUCUCUCUGGAACCUCCAAGACUUCUAAACUGGAAAUUUCAUCUGGUCUUAGCAACGUUAUAGCUGGUGCACGAGUGGCUGCAACACAGUUUUCGAGAGAAAGUAAGGGUGAUUCUAGUAUAGACUCUGAAGUAGGAAUUCCUGUUUCUUCAAGGACAAGGAAUAAAUUGAAGGGUAUAACACAGAAUGAAGAAGACGUGUGUCAUGAUGCAGAGCCUAACUCAGUAACCAAGGACUUGAAAUAGCAGUAGCUGUUAGUGACAGAGAAGUCAGUCUGACUGAUAAGGAUGUGUUCCUCAUGCGUCUCUGCAAAACAUCUGAAGUCAGCAAUCCAAAGCUGCAAAGCAGAACAUUUUCUUGGACUUCCCUCGCAGAAGUGCAAAGUUGAUCGCGUAGCACCUAACAUGAUUCGAUUGUGGUAAGAACUUAUGCAUCUAGACUUCAUACGUCCUGACUAUGCUGAUUUGGAACAAAGAAGAAGUUGUUCGAUCAAUUUUAGCAUGACACUCAUUACAUAGGUUACUGAUAUAUAUUGUGCUCUGAACUUGGUAUCUUCGAGUAUUGAUCACAUUGUCAUUCAUACCAAGCUGAAUCAUAGCAAUCCCAUAAAAGAUUAAUCUAAGUUGUCAACAAGCUCUAAAAGAUUAAUCAAAGUUGUCAUCAAGCCGAUGGCUUCAAAAUUGACAAAAACACGCUGAUUACAUACAUGAGCGAUCUUACAAGGAUAAGGAUCAUCACUUCACCCAUCAUAAGUCUGAUGUGAAUAACCAGUAUCUUUAACUCAUUACAUACAAAUUUUAAUUAUUCAAUCCAAAAAUAUUGAAUCAAUUCAUGAUCAUAAACAAUAAAACAAUUCAAUCAUCAUUAUUGAAGAUUUCGUUUAUGAGCAGUGGCUAGACGUCAUUUUACACCACUUUAGUCGUGCAACCCUCUUAAGAUAGUUUUUCUCGACCAAUCUUAGUCCAAAAAACUAUCAGGCCCAGCCCAAUAUCCCGAUCUGGCCUUACUGUGUGGCCCAAAAUUUUGGCUCGAUCUUGGCCCGACCCAGCCCUAUGGUCUGCUCCAUAUAUAGCAAUUUUCCUGUACGUAUUAUUUGUGAUCUUUCCCAAACCUAAUACGUGGUCUUCAAGCAAAAACAAAAAUUACACCUAUAAAA